AUGGCGACGGCGGCAGCUGCAGGCACGUCGCAAAGUGGGCCGCAUGCGCGCUUCAUUGCAGAGACAACACAGCUGCUCUGGGGCGGCGACUACCCGUCGUGGAUAGUUCAGCAGUGGGUGCGCUGGGGUGACGUCGGAGACGACGAAGAGGACGAGGGCGAUGAUGAUGAUGCGGUGGUGGCAGCCGAGUCCGGCGUCUGUAGCUCGACAAGCGGCAACAGAGCCCAAACAGCGGACGAUGCGACGCUCGGGCGCGAAGGACAAGAGGGGGGCAAACAUAUAGAGAGGAUAGAAGGGACAGCGAGUGCUGCUGUGAGUGACAGCGACGCGCCGGUGCCGGCAACAUCGCCAAGCUGGACACUCGUGAUGCAGCAGGCGUUCGAGGCGCUGCAGCUCCACCUGCCACUCCAACACAGCCAUCCUCCACCACAGCCACAGCUGGCGUCCACCGACGAAGCACCGGUCAUGACCCUCGCCAAACAUCUUGUGCAGGAUGCCCCGCUGCUGUGGCUUCGCUACCUACUUGUUCCCAUGUACACACAAUGGACACAGCAGCGCGCCGUUGCCCCUCCUGACGCAGGAGCCACGACACCAACAGCGACGGCGCCAAUACCGUCAUCAUUAUCGCCGUUGAAGUCCGUUGCGACAGCCCUUGAGCGUGACGGCGCUGUCACCAUGCACAAGCUGCUUGGCGCUCUGGGCACAGCUAGCAUGAGCGAGGCACUGCGCAAGGAGCAGUCGUGGUCAGACGAUCUCGUCGAGCUGGUGACUGCCGCCGUAGCAGCACCGCCGUCUGCUGCAGCAGCGACGCUGAAGGUGCUACACAGGCGUCGGACUGCGAUUCAGGAUCAGCAGCGGCAGCACACGGGGGAGAUGCUGUACUUCACCGGAACCCUUGCCAAAGCAGCACAGUCGUUCAUGGUGCUCGGGCAGGGCGGCUGCGCCAUCCUCACCGCCCUCAUUAUGCGACUGCUCGGCCGAGCGAAGGCUGCCUGGGUGGAGUGGGCGAGUCGGUUGUCAGAGGCAGACGUUCAGGGCGCAGCUCAGGCGAUGUACUGCAGCGAUGCUCACGAGACGCGGGCCGAUUGCGACAGCACCGGUGAUGUGAAGACAGUGGACGAUGCAGCGGGCAAAGAAGCGCCUGCUAAGAAGCCCGUCCAAGUCGAGCCGUCACUGCAGCGCGCCGCGUCGUUCAGUGACGACCCACGCACCACACCUGCAGAGUCAUUCGCAGCUCUGCGUGCUGCUGUGAACUCGACGGCGCAACGGCAGGCACAGCUCGUGUGGCGGUGCUGGUACAUUCUUUACGGCUACUACGGCGCGGACCUCUACACAAACGAAGCACUGGCCCGCGCUUUGGAAGAAGACGAUCUGGAGAAGGCAGGUGUGCGUCGGAUGGCGGUGGCGCAGCAGGCCCACUGGCGUCGACUGCGCCUCGCUGCCGACGUGAAGCAGCACGCGCUGUCUGAGACGCACUGGUUGUGGUGCUCCACAUUGCUCGCCUCGGUGGAAACGACGCUGACGGCCGCCCUCAGCGAAAAGUGUGCUGACGGGCACGUGCCGGUCAGGACAUGCACUCGUGCGUCCACAACGAACGCCACCGAUGCCCCACCGGUAUACACCACUGAGCUCUUGUACAGGCGACUCCUGGAGAGCACCGUUCGCGUCUUUGCUGCGGAGCUGCGCAACACGCUGCGUGUGUAUGGGGAAGCUGCUCUUGCCCUCCGGUCCGGUGGCCUGCACAACGCCACCGCCACAGUCCCCUCCGCUCUGCAGGCGGUGGCGCACAACGUGGUGGCGCUACAGGAUGUAUUUGCUCAGUGUCUACUGGAAUCUUUCAGGCAAGCACCCACCGCUGCGAUGAGUCCACAUCAGAUGGGGUCGGCGCUGCGCACCCGGGCCGGUGCGUACCUGUGGCAACUGUACCCGACGUUGCUGCGAGUGCAGGUGCCUGAGGAGGUGUCGUGGAUGUGCACCACUGGCGCAGAGCAGGGCGGCGACGGUGUUGGAGCGAGCCACACAGCCGAGGUGGCGGCUGGGCAGUUUGCAGAGCAGUUCCAGCGCCACUGGAGGCGUCGUGGGCGGCAGCUGUCCGCGGUAAUGUCGGACGCCUUCUACUGCACGGAGCAGAUGCUGACGCAUGAGCGGUGCUACGCCACUUCACCGUCGCUACUGCCUUCACCGAGCAGCAAUGCGGCACCACUCACGGCGGCGGCGUCAGUGUCGAAGUCGGGCGGCGGCAACGGGAGCUCCGGGGACGGCGUCAGUGGCAGAAACGAAGCGGAUGAUGGCACCAUGGUGGCGCGUUUACUUGCCGCCAUCGUACACAGACCUGCUGAGGAGGUUGCCACGAGCAUCAGCGACACCUCCAGCUCCAGCAGCAGUGCGAACAACGACGCGUGGACGGCGGCGCUGUGCGACGUAGCCGCUGAUUUUUACGCCUUGUACGACCAGAGCUGCUUCUUCGCUCUCCGCCCGGAACGGCAACGACUCUUCACCCUCUCCGUGCAGCGCCUCUACCGCCUCCUGCUGAGCCCGUUAGACGGAAGCUCCGACGGCUCAUCUCCAUCUCAAGGGGAUGCGUCUGGGUCAGCCACAAAGACGACACUGCCGCUCUGCCAGCAACCGCUCGUGUGCAUCCUGCGUCGCGACACGCGCCUGUGGAUGCUUCUAACGCAUGGCACACUGCUGCAGCUGGAGCGGCGAGGUCGCAUGGCGCGCGAGGAUGAAACGCUGCUCGCGUCGUACCUCCUGCCGCUCUUAGUACUCUUGGGUAGUAGGCACCACGACGGCGAAUUCGAGCGGGGCAGCGCAGACAGCUCCUUGUUAUCCACUGCAGCAGGUGCGCCGCCGGUUUGGGCAGACACCACUGUCGCCGAGGACGUUCUGCUCCUUCUUGCCAGCGGUCUCGCCUCGCUCCCGUGGGACUUGGAAGAGCUCUACGUCACGGUGCAGCGGCACACCGCCUUGUAUCUGCGCCACUCGACGCGGCGCCAGGGACGGCUAUCCGCUGACAGGGCAGCGGCGGUAACGGUGAUGGCAGCGUGGUUCGGUACUGCCGAGCUUGCGGCCCUGUCAGCAGCGCCGUCAUCUCCAACGACUGCUGUCGCCUCGCCGUGGGACUUCUCUGGUGUCUCUGAGGUGGGCUCCCCAACUGCACGGAGUGACACAGGUCCAGCAGCCUUGGCCAGAGAGACGGCGCAGCUCGACGCGCAGUGUCGCCGAGACGACCCGCUCCUCCCGCACCGCGAAGAAGAAGCGGCAUCGACCUCUGCUGUCGCUGGCACCCACGACCCCAAGUUAACAGCGCCGCCUCGCCUCUCUGAGGCCACCGUGGACGCACGCUUCGCCGAGGCCCUCGCCCGCCACGGCCGCCUCGCCUCCGUCUCUCUCUCCUCAGCUCCGUGCGGACUGCUGAUGGUGGUUGGUGCCUACCGCAGCUGCGGCCGCGCCCUCCAUAGCCUCCGCACUGCGCUGGAGGAGCAGCACCGCAUGGCGCGUGAGGACGAGGUGGGCGAGUUCGUUGGCCGCUCAGUGACAUUCUGCACCUCGGAAGAUAUCGCCGCCUUCCGCGGCCUCGUGAUGACGGUGCACAGCUGUGUCUUCGGCUAUGCCUGUCAGCCACGUGGGCUGCUGCGGCUGUGGCUGGGGUACCUCCAGCACCUCUUUGGCUGCGUAGUCCCGCGGUCAGUGUUGCCGUUGUCUGGGGACGCCACGAGAAACAAGGGAGAUGACGCGCUGGUGCUGAUGCCCAACAGCUGGCAGCGGCGACACCUCACAACAUCUCUGUUUGGCGCACAGGUUUACUGCACCGGCUGGCGGGCGCUGCAGCACGACGGCGAGCCGGCGUCGCAGACGCGGCUGCGUGAGGUGUUGGGAGAGUGCUUGGCAAACCUCAUGUUGCUGCCCUACUCGCACAGUCUUGGCAAUGCCAACUGCGGCGACAAUGAACCGAAACCCCCAACGGCGGCGGCUGAGAAGGACGCGGCGGCCGCCACGCAGGCGAUUCUUCAGCGCACUCUCCCUCACGCUGUGCUAGAGAUUCUGUGCGAGCUGCUUUACAUACCUGUAGAAGACAGCCGGGACAGUGCGAGCAACGGGAAGAACGACGCCGCCGUGGAUGCGGCUGGGACCGCCAUCAAAGACAGCUUCCUCGGUCUCGCGGGGCUUCUCGCCUUUCUGCGCCGGCUAGAGCUCCUCGUGGUUCCUGGCAGCCUGCAGGACCCCCGCCUUGUGUCCCUAUUGCAUCACGUGUACGAGGCAGCCAACACGUCGGCGCUCGGCAUAUGA